CCCACCAACCACCUCGACGCCGAAAGCAUCAACUGGCUCGAACGUUACCUGGCCGACUACAACGGCACGAUUGUCGCGGUGACUCACGACCGGUAUUUCCUCGACAACGUCGCCAGCUGGAUCCUCGAGAUCGAGUACGGCCGCGCCUACCCGUUUGAGGGCAACUACUCGUCGUGGCUCGAGCAGAAGGCCAAACGGCUCGAGAUGGACGAGAAGAAGAAGUCGGCCCGUCAGAAGACGCUCACCAAAGAGCUGGAGUGGAUCCGCAGCUCGCCAAAGGCCCGCCAAGCGAAGAGCAAGGCGCGGAUCAGCUCUUACGAAAAGAUGGCGUCCGAGGAGUUCGAAGAGCGGCCCGAGGAGCUGGAAAUCCAGAUCCCGCCCGGGCCCCGGCUCGGUGACAGCGUCAUCGAAGCGGUCAACCUGUCGAAGAGCUUCGGCGACAAGGUGCUGUUCGAGAACGUCAACUUCCGCCUCCCUGCCGGCGGCAUCACCGUCUGGGAAGAGAUCUCGGACGGGAUGGACCUCAUCGAGAUGGGCAAGAAGCAGAUCAACAGCCGGGCCUACGUCGCGAAGUUCAACUUCCAGAAGGCCGACCAGCAGAAGAAGGUCGGCGUCCUCUCCGGCGGUGAACGCAACCGCGUCCACCUGGCGAAGCUCCUCCGCGAAGCGGUCGCGACGUUUGUCGGCUGUGCGAUCGUGGUGAGCCACGACCGCUGGUUCCUCGACCGCCUGGCGACGCACAUCCUGGCGUUCGAGGGCGACGGCUACGUCCACUGGUGCGAAGGCAACUUCUACACCUACGAGAACCAACGCCGCGAACGCCUCGGCAUCGACGCCGACCAACCCCACCGCUUCCGCUACAAGAAGCUCGAACAGAGUUAG